GGGAAAGGGUGAGUGAGUCCCGGGGGCCCCCGGGGGAGAGGCGGCGGAGACGCGGAUGUUUCGGUCGGUCCCGGCGUGGACAUUUUGACGACCACAUCGGUGCGCGAAUGAUAGCUCGACAGAGACCCACGUUCUGUUUGUGCAGCGUGUUGUGUUUUUGAGAGGAUCCAAGAUGGCGGAACUGGGAGCUUCAAACCAUGGGGACUCCGCGCUGAAUUACCAAGAAAAAGAGUUAAACGAACGAUUAAAGCGGCUCUACCCGGCCGUGAACGAAGAUGAGACGCCUCUGCCUAGAUCGUGGAGCCCGAAGGACAAGUACAACUAUAUCGGGCUGUCACAGAACAACCUCCGCGUCCAUUAUAAAGGUCACGGAAAAAAUCACAAAGAUGCUGCAUCGGUUCGUGCAACGCACCCGAUCCCCGCAGCCUGUGGCAUUUAUUACUUCGAGGUGAAGAUUGUCAGCAAAGGCAGAGAUGGGUACAUGGGGAUCGGACUGUCUGCCCAAGGUGUCAACAUGAACCGGCUGCCCGGUUGGGACAAACAUUCAUAUGGUUACCAUGGAGACGACGGACACUCCUUCUGCUCCUCAGGUACAGGGCAGCCAUACGGCCCGACCUUCACUACAGGAGACGUCAUUGGGUGCUGCGUUAACCUCAUAAACAACACCUGCUUCUACACAAAGAAUGGCCACAGCCUAGGAAUAGCAUUCACAGAUCUGCCUCCAAACUUGUAUCCGACUGUGGGGCUCCAGACGCCCGGUGAGAUCGUGGAUGCCAACUUUGGCCAGCAGCCGUUUGUUUUUGACAUUGAGGACUACAUGCGAGAGUGGAGAGCAAAGAUCCAUGGUACCAUUGAGAGAUUUCCCAUAGGAGACAGACUGGGGGAGUGGCAGACCAUGCUACAAAACAUGGUGUCGUCCUACCUGGUACACCAUGGGUACUGUGCAACAGCAACUGCCUUUGCCAGAGCAACAGGGCAGAGCAUUCAAGAGGAGCAGAGCUCAAUCAAAAAUAGGCAGCGAAUACAAAAGCUAGUCUUAGCAGGAAGAGUGGGUGAAGCAAUAGAAGCAACACAACAGCUGUAUCCAGGACUGCUGGAGCGAAACCCAAACCUGCUCUUCAUGUUAAAGUGUCGACAGUUUGUGGAGAUGGUGAAUGGCACAGACAGUGAGGUUCGCUGUUUCAGUGCCCGGAGUCCCAAAUCCCAGGACAGCUACCCCGGAUCACCCAACCUGAGCCCCAGGCAUGGAGCCAAUAAUGCUCACCUCAACAAUGCAGGAGCAGACAGCCCAAAUUGCAGCAAUGGGGUCGUCUCCUCGAAAAACAAGCCAAUCCACAACAAAUACCCAGCUAUAAGUUCCUCGUCUUCAUCCUCCUCAUCCUCUUCCUCCCCCUCCUCUGUAAACUAUUCAGAGUCCAACUCAACAGACUCCUCCAAAUCCCAGCAGCACAGUAGUACAAGUAAUCAGGAAACCAGUGAUAGUGAAAUGGAAAUGGAGCCGGAGCACUACACCAACGGAGUCCUGGAAAACUCUACUAGAAUAAUGAACGGCAACUACAAGCACGAAGAGAUUCUACAGACAGACGAGUCCAGCAUGGAGGAGAGCUGCCCUCAGCGACAGCUCUGUGGAGGGAACCAGGCCGCAACAGAGCGCAUGAUCCAGUUUGGCCGGGAAUUGCAAGCCCUGAGUGAACAGCUGUGCCGGGAAUAUGGAAAGAACGCUACACACAAAAAGAUGUUACAGGAUGCGUUCAGCCUGCUUGCAUACUCCGAUCCCUGGAGCUGUCCAGUUGGGCAACAACUUGACCCCAUCCAGAGGGAACCUAUCUGUGCUGCCCUUAACAGUGCGAUUUUAGAAUCUCAGAAUCUGCCAAAGCAGCCACCGCUGAUGCUUGCACUGGGCCAGGCCUCCGAAUGCCUUCGGCUGAUGGCGCGUGCGGGGAUUGGAUCCUGUUCAUUCGCCAGAGUGGACGACUAUUUGCACUAGCUGCUAUCGCAGUGGAAAGACCUCAAACGCUGCCCCUGACCUCCUGUUCAAGAACAACAACCUCCCCACAACCAAGACCCCCUACACUGCCCACCGGACCGGUGCCGACUGAUCUGAUCUCUCCUGGCAGUAUCUUGAGUUACAUUUUAUCAGGUUACACAAAGGAAGGCAUUGCGUUUCGCAAGAGAUCAUGGGUACAGCAGUGCACAAUACAAAUGUAGCAUAUUCCUCUGGUUUGUUAGUCAGUGAGCCACCAGUAUUUGAUCCUUGCAGGUUGCGUCCUAUAUUAGCUUCUGUUUACUGGUUUAUCAAAAAGGCUGUAACAAAGCUCCCAUAUUUUAUAACGUCAUUUCAUUCAGCAAGACUUUCAUUGGGUUUGUAGCGGCAUUACCUGACGUGUGACCCGAUUACUGCUCUCCUGACACAAGUGCUGCUCACAUCCAGUCCUCUCAUCCUCUGUGAUUGGUACCCAAAGCUUUAGUGUGUAUAUGUUACUGAUGACACUUUGAAUCCCCCCCCCCCGCACCACCAUCGCAAAGAAAUCUUAAGUUUGUUACAGUCCUCAUGAUCAAUCAAAUCAAUCGCCUUUGGUUUACAUCAAUCCAUGUUUGUUUAACUCUGUGUAUUUGUGUAGAAUGAUGCUGCUCAUUAUCCCUUUGCUGUUGGUUUUGCUGUUCCGUCGUUCAGCCUCCAGCUGCACAACCUCCACCCAUUUCUUCCUGAGUGUCGUGUCACUACACCUUGGUGUAAGAACCCACAUCCCCAUCCCAAUUAACUGCCAACUCUGGGGCAGUGAGGAGAAUUGCAAUCGCAUCAGACUCCCAGCUGGGAGAUUGCCCGUGUGCUGCACCACAUCUUGCCUUUGCUCAUCUGUGAGCAGGAGUGAGAAACGCCGAUUGCUGCAGGAAAGGAAUGGCAGCCAAGUGUAGUGUGAAUUCAGAAUGAGCUAACUUUCGGGGACAAGGGGAGGAAUGGGGAUGUGGUGAGAGAAGAAAGGACGUCGAAGGUCAACUCUCGUGCUUCCAGUUCUACAAUCUGUAAAUCCAUUACUUAGCAACCCUUCUUGUGCCAGUUGGAUAUUUUUUAUAAUCCUUUUGUUGUGAAAAAUGUGACCUCCUGGGAAGCUCAACUUCACAGUUACCUGAUGACCCAGAUUGUCUCUCAUUCAUCCAGCUGCUGGGCAGGUUUCAGGCCAUUUUCAGAAGUUUUAAAAUCAGCCGAUCUGUAUUAUCUGUAUACUUGAUAUGACUGAUUUGGUCCAUAAGAUUAAUGCAGGAGCUUAGAACUAACUCCCCGCCCCCCAGAAAAUGUCAGGAUCAGCAAAUUGCAGACCAGGAAACGCAAACCAAGGAACUCAAAACCUGUGAAAAGAAUGCUGGUGUGUGGGAGGUUGCUCAGUGUCGCCUGCUGCACCUCAACAAUUAUUCCAACCAGAGUAAACCAAGUGAGACAUGGGAUCAGGGAUGUUGUCAUUGAAUAAUGAGGAGCAAAUAUAAACUGAAGGAUAGGAGGCCAAUCACUUUCAUUGACUCCCCUUCAGGUGAACAGUAGCCGGUAAGGUUAUGAGAGUCUGAACUGCAGACUCUAGUCAUUUGGUUUCGGAGGUUUAUCUGUUGUGUGAGGUUUUCAGGGUUAGAUUUUGUGAGACUUGCAUAUGGCAUAAGGCUAGCGUUGAUUCAGGAUAAGAGUUUCACAUCCUCUCCUCGCCCCUUCCACCCCCCCCCCCACCGCCC